AUUUUGUCAUCACUAGCUGCAUUUAAUAAAAUUGGAAUUUAUUCUUAGAGUAUUUGUAUUAUUUCAAAUGAAUGCAAAAACAAUUCAUUACGUACAUACAUGUUGAUGAAUGUAACAAAAUUAAAUUAUUGUACUAAAAUUACAUUAAAAUAUAUUAAACGGGAUGUCGUCGGACGAUGUGGAAAUCAUUGGGGAUCACGAAGAAAUAAUUGAAAUAAGCGACGACAAUGAAGCGGAGGAUACAAAAGAUGUAAUAGUUAUAAAUUAUGUUGAACAAGAAAAUGCUUCCGUAGAAGAUAAAUCUAACAUUUGCAUUUUUAUUAAAGAUGAACAUGAAGAAAAUCCGUUAAUUAUACCAAGUAAUACUGAAAAUGCUAUUGACAAUUUGAAAGACCAAGUUACAGAAGUUGUAUAUUUAGAUUCCUUCCCCACUGAAUCUGUACAUAAAAAUAAAAUUCCACAAAAAAAUAAAAACAACCGCAAGCGACGUUGUCGACGACGUAGGGAAAACAGUAAUGAAACAACUCAAAAUACUGAGGGUGGGAUCCAAGAAUGUAACAAAGAAUUAAAAACGUCCGUUACAAUCGAAAAUAAUAAUAACAAUCAAAAUAUCUCAAUGCAGGAAAAAGACUCAGAAGUUUGUAAUAAUAAAUGCUUGAAUAACGAUACCCAAAAUGAAAAGGAACUAACAAACUGUAGUAUUUCGAGCAUAGCUUCCUCCACUACUGCAAUUAUACAUAAACGUGCUAUGAACUAUGAUUUUUCAAAACUUAAAUGGCUUAAACCUUUGAAAAAUAUUUCAAGUCCACCUCACUUGCAAAUCGUUAUAAUUGAUAGAAGUCACCCAAAUUGGAGAAUUACAAAUGAUAAGUGGCUAAUGAUUGAAAAGCGUUUACUCGAAGCCCUCAAUACUGAAAUGUUACGAACCAAUGAUUCUAGCAUUGGUCUAUUUGAUGGAGCAAAGUGGAUGAGAGGCAUUAAAAUUGUGGGAUGCCAUAACAAAAUGGCAUUCAAUUUUAUUACAAAAUUUAUACAUAACUUGGAUAAGUUAUGGUAUGGAGCAAAACUUGAUGUGUUUCCUAUAACCCACAUUAGCCGUCACACAGUUAAGGUAUAUAUACCACCUCCAAUGUUAGAAACUCAAGUUAUAUUGUCCUUGAUGCGAUUACAAAAUCCAUCACUCUGCUGUGAAGAUUGGGAAGUUUUAAGAGAACGAGAACGAGGAAAUGACUGUGGUGUAGACAUUUGGUUUAGUAUUAAUGAUGAAUCAUUCACAGAUUUAUGCAGAUUAAAAGGCGAAAUUAAAUAUGGUAUAAAUCGUAUAUUUUUCAAGCCAUCCGAUUAAUUAAAAUAACUAAUCGAUUUUCCGUAUAUUUUUGAAAGAUCAUUUACAAUAAUCAAUAUAUAUGAAUUAUGAAUUGAAUGAAUCAAGAUAAAUGUGAAUUGCAUAUGUAUAUUAAAUAUUUUCUACAAUAUAAGGUUUAAAAUUUAAACUUAAAAUUUUUAACUAUAUGGAUGUUAUUAACAUAUAAUAAAUAUACAUUUAUUUUGUUAAUUGAUAUAUACAUAUGUAUUUAUCUUUUUAAACUCAUUAUGAUAUUUUCAAUAUAUACCAUUAUUGUACAUAUUGUUAUACCUACUUAUUUUUUAUACACGCCCAGAAAAAAAUUCAGAAAUUGUUCUAAAAACAACUAGUUCUAGAACGAGUGCAAAUAGAAUUUUUGCUGGGCGUAGAUCUUUUCUGUUAUAUUUUUGAAUAUUAAAAUUUGUUAAUAUGGCAUGUUUUCCAUCUGAUUAAAUAAAAAAAUACUCUAAUCCUAGAUUUGAAAGAUUA